AUGGAUUUACCUGGUCCAAUCAGAAAAUUAGUAAAUGCUUUAGGUACUUUUCAUUGUGCAUCGAACCCAUCUUUUGCAAACAAAAAAUCUAUAAAUGCAACAACGACAACUGCGUCAACUCACACUUCUGCCUCUACUACAGUAACUGAGGCAAAACCAGAACUCACGUUUGCAGUAGUCAAAAAAUUUAAAACGAAUGAGCUCAUUGACUUUUUGCGGAAGGAAGACUUGGAACUUGACGAGGGUGAUUUGGAAAUUAUUCGCAAGCAAAAAAUUACGGGUCGUGCCUUUCUUAAUAUGACAAAAAAAGAGUUUAUGUAA